AUGACCACUCCUUGCCCCAUAGCCGGCUGCCCACCGGUAACGUGGAAGGGGAGUGGCGUAUGCGUGCCCUGUCGAUCCCCAAGUCAAGCCGCUCGAGCCCCUACUUGCGGCUUACUCCCCGACUGCGCUUCCGACCUGCUCGCGAGCCCAGCUGGCCGGCGGGUCCCCCCAUUUUUGCAAUAUUUUUAUUUUUAUUUCUUGUUCUUCAUUUAUCUCAAAAGUAAGAUUGUAAAAAUCGUAUAAAAUCACAUAAUUACCCAAAAAUUCACGUUAGUCAAUUGAAGACAAAAAAUCAUUCUUUAACACAAAUAUAAGUCUAUUUAUCAUGAGUUAAGGCUAAAACUAUAUUAUUUACUAAUUAUUAACUCAUGAUAAUGAAGACUUAUCAGUAUAUCAUUGUUAUACCUAAAGGGUAAUUUAGGUAUUAAAAUAAAUGAAACCAUUUUUGAGAAGGUGUGAUACGGGUUUAGUUCCACAUUGAUUGUUGAUAAGUCUUCAUUAUCAUGAGUUAAUAAUUAGUAAAUAAUAUAGUUUUAGCCUUAACUCAUGAUAAAUAGACUUAUAUUUGUGUUAAAGCAUGAAAAGUGGUUUUCAGUUGAUUAACGUGAAUUUUUGGGUAAUUAUGUGAUUUUAUACGAUUUUUACAGUCUUAGUUUUGAGAUAAAUGAAGAACAAGAAAUAAAAAUAAAAAUAUUGCAAAAUGGGCGGACCCGCCGGCCAGCCGGGCCCGCAAGCGGGUCGGAAGCGCAGUCGGGGAGUAGCCGCGAGCAGGGGCUCGAGCGGCUUGCUUGGAUCGAUAGGGGCACAUGUGCGCCACUCCCCUUCCAGGUCACCGGUGGUCAGCCGGCUGUGGGGCAAGGAGUGGUCGUACACGCGAGAGGACUUUGCCUAGAAAGCUAACUUUACUAUAUAUUCGCCCGAAUAAUCCGCGCACAACCGAUGUGGGACUAAAUCCACCUUGUAAGGCGCCGGCGACCGCCGCGGGUUCGAAUCCUCCCAGAGUCAAAAUUCAUAUAUUUUUAACUGAUUAUCGCGACUUUCCUGCAGAUCGCCGGUGAAGGAUUAAGCAACCGGAAUCGCUGGAUCAUCGGCGAAAAUCUCGUCAACGCGAUUUGCGGAGCAUUGCUACUAAAAUUUCUGAACGAUUCGCGAUAAAAGGAUCGCAAUCCAUCGAGUAAAUCAUCUCCGAUUGAUCGACGAACAAGCCGUCGUCGGGAAGAGGACGAUCCGCCGGGAGACCAGUCGCCACCUCCUGAGAGCGUACCAGAUGCGAUGAAGAGCCUCCUCUUGCUGCGCGGACCUGAGGAUGAAGCUCCCUAACACGCGCCUCACCUCCAUCCAGCCCCUCUCCGUCGGGUGACAGCCGCCGGAGAGCCGCAAAGUCGCCGUUUUUCCGCUCCGCCGGGUGACAGCCGCCGGAGACGAUUCGACGACCCACUUCAUUGGUCUCUAGACUUCGCGAGAAGAUCUAGAGAUUGCUCACGUCGUCUUUGUCCAAGGAGAGCCUUCGAGGCCGUGGACACUGCACGACGACCCUCCCGAAUGCUCAGGAUUCCGGUGCAUCGCCGACGCGUCGCCGUUGCGACGCCGGAACUCUGUUUUCCUGCUUUAUCUAAAGAUUGCCCACGUUGUCUUUGUCAAAGGAGAGCCUUCGAGGCCGUGGACACUACACGACGAUCCUCCCGAACGCUCAGGAUUCCGGUGCAUCGCCGACGCGUCGCCGUCACGACGUCGGAACUCUGUUUUCCUACUUUCAAUUUAAUUUACGCUUUAUUUAGUGAUACUUUGUGUGAUUUUUAAUUUACCAAACUAUACUUCGUUAAAUUACGAUUCUUCCGGCUUUUACAGAUCUUAAUUUGAUUAAUUAAGUCGUCUGUAAUCGCUUACGUAAGAAUCGCCGGGCGGAACUCUGUUUCCGCCUGAUUCGCGUUCGCCUGGCGCUGACGUCAUCCUGACGCCCGCACCCUUAUUUCCUUUUUUUCAUGAAUUUUAAAUAUAUUUCCUUUUUAUUUCCUAGUAUAAAAUUCGUAAGAAAAUCGUACUCGUUGAGAAAAAUUCUGAAUAAUUACCAGAUAUUAUAUUACAUCCCUGUGAUCGACCUGGAAAAUUACCACUAUUUUUGGGAUUUUUAUUGAAUUAUAAUUGAUAUAUUUAUUUUGAAAUACUUCUAAAUAUCCGAAAAUUCGUAUUUUCUAGUUUUAUAAAUUUUAAAUUUGCGUGAUUUAAUAUACAACGACUGAGUCACGUCAAUUGUACAUCGAAUUUUUGGUUGAAUAUAUAAUAAUAUUAGAUUUAGAAGCAAUGAGUCUCUUUCUUGUGUGUACGACUACUCUUUGCUACACAACUAGCUGGCCACUAGUGACGUAGAAGGGACUGGCACACACAUGCCCCCAUCAGUCCAUAGUUGCUCAAGCUUCUAAUCAUGGCUCCCCUCGACUGUGCUUUCAACCUGAUUGUGGGCUCAACUGGUUGGUGGGUCCCCUCUUUUUUCUAUAUUUUUAUUUUAAUUUCUCUUUCUUCAUUUAUCUCAAAAAUAAGAGUAUAAAAAUCAUAUAAAUUUAUAUAAAAUCACAUAAUUAGCCAAAAAAUCACAUUAACUAACUAAAAACCAAUUUUCAUAAAUUAAUAGAAGUAUAAUUUUAUUUAUCAUGAGUUAAGAUUAAAACUCUAUUAUUUAUUAAUUAUUAACUCAUGAUAAUGUAGACUUAUCAAUCCUAUUAUUAAAAUUGCUACUACCCACAUUUUACUUUCUCUAGCAAAUCAGCAUAAUUAGUAUAUUCACUAAUUGGAUGUCUCAAAUGCUUUCUUACAUGGUGAUCUUUCUAAAACAAUUUAUAUGAGUCAACCCCCUAGUUUUAGCCAUCCUAAUUAUCCUGAUUACAUGUGUAAACUUCAAAAAUCAUUAUAUGGGCUAAGACUCUCUAAUAUUUUAACUUCCCUUGAAUUUAAUGGUUCUAAAAUUGACUCCUCAUUAUUUUCCAAAUAUAUAAACUUCAUCCCAUAUUUCUUGCUUAUAUAUGUUGAUGACAUCAUAUUAAUUAGCCCUAAUUCUUUUGAACUUCAUAAUAUUAUACAUUGCUUAAAUUCCAUAUUUUCUAUGGGUGAUUUAGGACAUGCUUAUUUCUUUUUAGGUAUAGAAUUAAUUAAUAUUUCAUCUGGUUUUUUUAUAUUGCAAUCAAAAUAUAUCACAUCUAUCUUAAGAAAAACUAAAGUAGAAAAUACCAAAUCUGCAUCAAAUUUCUGCACUUUUCUACAAUAAAAAACACUCCAAUAUAACUUGUUGAUGCAACACAUGAUUAUAGAUGAUUUAAUUAGUCAAAUUAAGAUUUAUAAAAGUUAGAAGAAUCGUAAUUAAAUGGAGAGUAAUUUGAAAAAGUUAAAUCACAUAAAUUAUCUGUAAAUGAAGUAAAAAUUAAGUUGAAAGUAAGAAAAAUAGAAUUCAAGCAUGACAUUAAUGAUGUGUUGACAAUGCAUUAAAAUCUUGAGUGUUCGAGAGGAUUGUCAUGUAGUGUCUAAAGCCUUGAAAACUCUCCUUGGACAAGGACGAUGUGGGCAAUCUCUAGAUCUUCUUGCAAAGUCUAGAGAUCAACGAAAUGAGUCGUCGAAUCAUCUUUGGUGGCUGUCACUUGACAAAGCAAAAAUAUGACAACUUUAUAACUCUCUAACAGCUGUCACCCAAUGGAGAAGAACUAGAUAGAGGUGGGGCACAUGGGAGUUUCAUCCUAAGGUCAGCACAACAAAAGAUGGCUCUUCAUCACAUUUGGUGGAUUGUCUUCUUCCCACGACGACUUGGUCGUUGAUCAAUCAACUAUGAUUUACUCAAUGGAUUCACUAUCUUUUUAUCUUCAAUCAUUUAGUAAUUUUAGUAAUGAUGCCCCACGAAACACAUUGAUUAGAUUUUUGUCAAAAAUUGGGCAAUUUUGAUGGCUUAAUCCUUCACUAGUGAUCUAUAAGAAAAUCAUGAUUUAAUUAGAUAAAAAUGAGUUUUGACUUUAGUAGGAUUCAAACCCUCACCGAUUACCCAUUGUCAUGAGAAAGAGUAAAAUAAGUACGCAAAUAUCCUUAUAAAGUGACAUCAUCAAGCUAUCUUCUUUUGAUAAAUAAGAGGUAUUUUAGGUAUUAAAAUCUUCUAAAAUAUUUGAAAAGGGUGACAUGAUUUAGUAGUUGUAUAGUAAAUCAUGUCAAAUUUAAAAUUUAUAAAACUAGAAAAUACUAAUUUUUGAAUAUUUAGAAGUAUUUCUGAACAAAUAUAUCAAUUAUAAUUCAAUAAAAUUUUCAAAAAUAGUGAUAAAAUUUCAAAUCAAUUGUAGGGAUGUAAUAUAAUAUUGGGUAAGUUUUCAAAUUUUUUCUCAAAGAAGACAAAUUUUUAUAAAUUUUAUAUUAAGAAAUAAAAAUAAAAUAUAUUUAAAAUUUUAAAAAAGGGAAAUAAGGGUGUUGAUGAGAUUUUCGUCAAUAAUCUAGUAAUUUUGGCUGCUUAAUCCUUCACUGGUGAUCUAUAGGAAAGUUGCAAUAAUUAGAUAAAAAUAUGAGUUUUGGCUCUAAGAGGAUUCAAACUCAUGCUGGUUUCCUAUGUACAUAUAGAGAGUCAAAUAAGUACUCUAAUGUCCUUAUAAAGUGACGUCAUCAUGGUAUAUCUCUGUUAUAACUAUGAGAUAUUUUAAGUAUUAAAAUCUUCGAACUCUUUCAUAGGAAGGUGUAAUGUAGGUUUAGUCCCACAUUACUUGUGUGUUGAAGUUUUGGACGAAUAUAUAGUAAUAUUACAUUUACAAGCAAUCAAUCCCUUUUUCCUGUGUGUACGACCAUUCCUUGCCCCACAGCCAACUAGCCACUAGUGACGUGGAAGGGGAGCGGCACACACAGAUCCCCAUUGGUCCUACUCUCUUGAGCCCCUACUCAUGAUUCCUCCAUAAUUGUGCUUCCGACCCACCUACACACCUAGCUGGGCAGUGGGUCCCCCUCAUUUUGUUAUAUUUUUAUUUUUAUUUCUUUUUCUUCAUUUAUCUAAAAAAUAAGACUAUAAAAAUCAUAUAAAUUUAUAAAAAAUCACAUAAUUAGCCAAAAAUUUAGGUUAAUUAAUUGAAAAUCACUUUUCACACUUUAACACAAAUAUAAAUCUAUUUAUCAUGAGUUAAGACUAAAACUAUAUUAUUUACUAAUUAUUAACUCAUGAUAAUGAACACUUAUAACACCCCCAACUUAAAUUAUUGUUGAUCCUUUAAUAACAGAAUUAAGAAAAUAAAAAUUCAUAAAUCUCAAAUAUCUUAUUUCAAUGUAUAAAAAAAAUACAAUUAGAAAGGAUGCACCUUUAGAAACUUUGGAUUCUUAUAUCAAGUAUUUAAGAAUGAUGUCAAGCAUUUAAAUAUUUAUGUAGUACUUAGAAUAACAAUCUAGACUUCACUUCUUCUAUUCACAUCUUUAUCACUUCUUAACUCAUAUAUAUAUUUACAAGAUGUUCUAAUUAUUAAUACUCAUCUAAGAAUAAUAUUGAUCCUACAUUUUCUUUUUUCCAUGACUUGAUUUUUGAAAUUUGCACUAUAUUUAUUUCUUUUAUAUAUAUAUAUAGUGGAUAAGUAGCUUUCCUUGUAGAUAAAUUUCGACAAUAAGAAUAAUGUCUCAUACCCCAUGUGUACUCUUUAUUUUCAGGGCUUUCACUUUAUCCACUUAUUUUGUAGUAAAUGUUUUUCUAUGCAUGAUUUUCGACAAUGAGAAUGAUGUCUCACACCCUCUAUGUGUACUCUUCGUUUCUAGAUUUUUCACAUUGCUCUCUCUUUCUUUUUUUAAAUAAGUGAUUUCUCAUCACAAGUCCUAUAGAUCAAAGUGGAAAAAUUUCCAUUGAACUCAAAUGAUCAAUCAAAUUUUCACAUCAAGUAAAUACUAUCCAUCAAGAUCAUGAAAAUAAAUUUUUUUAAAUCAAAUCUAUAUUAUCUAUCAUGUAUCCAAGGAGUAUUCCAAUAUUUCAUGCUACUAAAUCAUUUUUUUGACUCAAUAAUAAUCUUCCUAGUAUCUUUUGAUAUCAAUCAAUCAAAUUGAUUUAAUUUUUUGUGUAUGCAAUAUGACGUAAGAAAUUUGUAACAAUUCUAACAAUUCUACUUUUUGUUUUCAAUUUUGUUUUUAGCAUCAAUAAAUUUAUCAAAAAUAAAUGAAAACUAUCCUCUUUAUAGUUGCAAUUUCAAAUUUUAGUAAUAUAUGUCUAGGGGAUUGAAAUGUGAGGAAAGGGUAUCUAGAAUUUAAAAUUUUGGGCUACUUUUUGUCUACUAUUUUUGAGAAUCUAUUGUUCCUAAUAGAAAACUAGAAAAUAGAUGUUGUAGUUUUUCUGAAUAUAUAUUUUUUUUAAGUGCUGUUCUAAGUGAGCAUGAAAAAAAAUGCAAACACAUGUUCUUAAUUGUCAUACAGCAUAAAUUAAGAAUUAACACUUCACCCCCCAACUUAAAAAUGACAUUGUCCUCAAUGACACAGAAAAAUUGAAAUAGAAUUUACAAAAAUUAUAAUUUUCAAGUGAAGCAUGCAUAUAUGCAAAGUUAAGCAUUAAAAAUGUUGUUAAAAUGAUAAAGCUCAAAAAGACAUCACCUCAACCUCAUUUUUAAUUUUCUACUUCAUCUUACACUCCCCAUGCACUUACCUCCCAUACAAUGCUGAAUUUAAUAUUUUCAUCUGGACACAUUGAUCUUACUCUUGAAUUUCUUUUAAUAAUAAAAUUUCUUUUUCUGCAAGGCAUUCGUGUUCUAUGUAAUAUUUAAAUUGUUGUCUAUUUACCUUAAAGUUAUGAUCACUUUUAGGAUUUUAAUCAUUACAGCCCCAUGAUCAUGUCUCUUCCACCACAUAAGACCCUGUCCAUUUUGAUUUUAACUUUCCUAAGAAUAAUUUCAGCCUAAAAUCAUAUAACCACACUUUUUGUCCAACAUCAUUUUUUUUCUACUAAUGUAUUUAUCAUGAAAAGUUUUAAUUUUUUUUUAUAUUCUAUGAUUUUCAUAAGCUUUAUUCCUCAACUCUAGUUCAUGUAGUUGAAAAAUUCUAUGCCUACCAGCUGAUUUUUCAUCCAUAUAGAAAAUUUUUAUAGCCCAUAAUGCUUUAUGCUCUAUUUUCACAAGAAGAUGACAUGCUUUCCAAAAAUGAGACAAAAUGGGGAUAUACCUAUGAGAUUUUGAUAAGCUAUUCUAUCAACUCAUAAUGCAUCUUGUAAUUUUGUGGCCAGUUUUUCCUAUCUAGUCUAAUUAUUUUUCUUAAAAUUCUCUAAAUUUUCUUGUUCGCUACCUCAACUUACCUAUUUAUUUGAGGAUGAUAUGGAGUGACUACUCUAUGGUGUACUCCAUUCUUUUUUAACAGUUCCUUAAAAUAUUUAUUUGUAAAAUAUGUUCCUCCAUCACUAAUAAUCACUUUAUGACAUCUAAAUCUAAAAAAAUAUUUUCUUACACAAAUUUCAUCACGAUUUUAUGAUCAUUAAUUCCAGUAGGAAAGCUUCCACCACUUGAGACACAUAAUCAAUAGCAAUCAAAAUAUAUUCAUAUUUUCAGCUAAUAGGAAUGGACCCAUGAAAUCUAUUCCCCAUUGAUAAGUUUUCAUUAUCAUGAGUUAAUAAUUAGUAAAUAAUAUAGUUUAGCCUUAACUCAUUAGAAAUAAACUUAUAUUUAUGUUAAAUUAUGAAAAGUAAUUUUCAAUUGAUUAACGUGGUUUUUUAGUUAAUUAUGUGAUUUUUUAAAAACUUAUAUGAUUUUUAUAGUCUUAUUUUUGAGAUAAAUAAAGAAAAAGAAAUUAAAAAAAAAUAGUAAAAUAGAGGGACUCACUAGCUAGUCGGGCCUACAAGGGGGUCGAAAGUAUAGUCGAGGGGAGCCACAAGUAGGCGCUCGAGUGGCUAGGACAGAUGGGGGCAUGUGCACCACUCUCCUUCCACGUCACUGGUGGCUUGCCGGUUGUGGGGCAAGGAGUGGUCAUACACAUGAGAGAAAGUGACUCAUUACUUCCAAAUGUUAUAUUACUAUAUAUUCGUCAAAAACUUCAGUGCACAAAUAAUGUGGUACUAAACCUGUAUCACACCUUCCCUCCAGAGACUUCAAAGAUUUAAAUACCUAAACUACCCCUUCAUUAUACAAAGAUAAACCAUAAUAACAUCACUUGAUAAGGGUAGUAGAGUACUUAUUUCAAUCUCUCUCAUGUAGGCGGGCAACUGACAUGGGCUCAAAUCCUUCUAGAGCCAAAACUUGUAUUUUUAUUUGAUUAUUGUAACUUUCCUAUAAAUCGUCAGUGAAGGAUUAAGCUGUCAAAAUUGGUAGAUGAUUGGUGAAAAUCUUGUUAACGCAAUUCGUGGAGUAUUGUUACUAAAAUUACUAAAUGAUUCGUGAUAAAAGGAUCACGAAUCCAUCGAGUAAAUCAUCUCUAAUUGAUCGACAAACAAGUCAUAAAUUUUCAUUAAGAUGAGUUAAUAAUUAAUAAAUAAUACAAUUUUAGCCUUAACUCAUGAUAAAUAGACAUAUUUAUGUUAAAAUAUGAAAAGUAUUUUUUAGUUGAUUAAUGUGAAUUUUUAGAUAAUUAUGUGAUUUUAUACAAAUUUAUAUGAUUUUUAUAGUCUUAUUUUUCAGAUAAAUGAAGAAAAAAAAGAAAUAAAAAUAUAACAAAAUGGGGGGAACCCACCAGCCAGCCGGGCCCACAAGUGGGUCGAAAGCGUAGUUGGGGAGUAGCCGCGAGUAGAGGCUCAAGUGGCUUAGACUGAUGGGGGCAUCAUAAGUCUUCAUUAUCAUGAGUUAAUAAUUAGUAAAUAAUAUAGUUUUAGCCUUAACUCAUGAUAAAUAGACUUAUAUUUGUGUUAAAAAAUGAUUUGUGGUUUUCAGUUGAUUAACGUGAAUUUUGAGGUAAUUAUGUGAUUUUAUAUAAUUUUUACAGUCUCACUUUUGAGAUAAAUGAAGAACAAGAAAUAAAAAUAAAAAUAUUGCAAAAUGGGGGACUCGCCGGCUAGUCAGGCCCGCAAGCAGGUCGAAAGUGCAGUUAGGGAGUAGCCACGAGUAGGGGCUUGAGCGGCUUGGCUUGGACUAAUAGGGCACGUGUAUGCCACUCCCCUUCCAUGUCAUUGGUGGCCAGCCGACUGUGGGGCAAAGAGUGGUCGUACACGCGAGAGAAGGAACUUUGCUCACAAAGCUAACAGUACUACAUAUUCGCUCGAAAAAUCACUGCACAACCGAUGUGGGACUAAACCCACAUCACACCUUCCUCAAAAGAGGUGGGCGACUAGCACGGGUUCGAAUCCUCCUAGAGUCAAAAUUCAUAUAUUUUUAUCUGAUUAUCGCGACUUUCUUGCAGAUCGCCGGUGAAGGAUUAAGCAACGAGAAUCGCUAGAUCAUCGGUGAAAAUUUAGUCAACGCGAUUCGCGGAGCAUUGCUACUAAAAUUAUUGAACGAUUCGUGAUAAAAGGAUCACGAAUCCAUCGAGUAAAUCAUCUUCGAUUGAUCGACAAACAAGCUGUCGUCAAGAAGAGGACGAUCCGUCAGGAGAAGAGUCGCCACCUCCUAAGAGUGUACCAGAUGCGAUGAACAGCCUCCUCUUGUUGCGCGGACCUAAAGAUGAAGCUCCCUGACAUGCGCCCCACCUCCAUCCAGCUCCUCUCCGUCGAGUGACAGUCACCAAAGAGCCGCAAAGUCACCGCUUUUCCGCUCCGUCAUGUGACAGCCACCGGAGACAGACUCGACGACCCACUUCAUUGAUCUCUAGAUGUCAGUGCCCGGCGAACGCGAAUCAGGCAGAAACAGAGUUCUGCCCGACGAUUCUUACGUAGGCGAUUACAGACGACUCAAUUAAUCAAAUUAAGAUCUGUAAAAGCCGGAAGAAUCGUAGUUGAACGAAGUAUAGUUUGGUAAAUAAAAAUCAACAAAGUAUCACUAAAUGAAGCGUAAAUUAAAUUGAAAGCAGGAAAAUAGAGUUCCGGCGUCGCGACGGCGAUGCGUCGGCGAUGCACCGGAAUCCUGAUCGUUCGGGAGGAUCGUCGUGCAGUGUCCACGGCCUCAAAGGCUCUCCUUGGACAAAGACGACGUGGGCAAUCUCUAG